AACUACAACGUCCGUGGGGCGCUUCGCGGAGGGGCGAAGGUCAGGGCGCGUUACCGGCGUGUCCCCUGCCGCCGCCGCGCCGGGCUGAAUCCGUGGGUAGACGAGGCCGGCCAUGGCGCCGCCGCCGCCCCCCGAGGGCCCCGGGGGGGCGCCGCCGCCGCUGCAGUACAGCCUGCUGCUGCAGCACCUGGUGGGCGAGCAGCGGCGGCCCCGCGCCUGGGACCCCGCCGCCCUGGGCGGCAUCCCCAGCCCGCCCAAGAGCGAGGAGCAGAAGAUGGUGGAGCGGGCCAUGGAGAGCUGCGCCUUCAAGGCGGCGCUGGCCUGCGUGGGAGGGUUUGUCCUGGGGGGCGCGUUCGGCGUGUUCACAGCAGGCAUCGACACCAACGUUGGGUUCGACCCCAAGGAUCCGUAUCGCACCCCAACCGCAAAGGAGGUCCUCAAGGACAUGGGGCAGCGAGGCAUGUCCUACGCCAAGAACUUCGCCAUUGUGGGCGCCAUGUUCUCCUGCACCGAAUGUCUGGUAGAGUCUUAUCGUGGAAAGUCAGACUGGAAGAAUAGCGUUAUUAGUGGCUGCAUCACAGGAGGAGCAAUCGGCUUCAGAGCUGGCUUGAAGGCAGGCGUUAUCGGAUGUGGUGGAUUUGCCGCGUUCUCCGCAGCAAUUGAUUACUAUCUACGGUAACAGCGGGAUCCCUUGGGGCAAGUUUCCCUUUUGUUCCAGUGCUGCUGGUAAGAGCCUGCAUCGCAGCAGAGGAACCAUCAGCCGUACCUUUCCACUGCCUUUGGAGUCCUGAUCAGUACAAGCUGGAGGGCCCUGGCUGCGUUUCCUGAAUGACUAACAAUAAUCUGGCCCUGAGCCUUGGCGUGCUGCUUCAGGCAGAGUUGCAGGAGUAUGUGAGGAUGGAGCAAGCCAGACGCAGCGAGCAGUAUCACCAGUAUGGAUCAGCUGACUGUCAGUUUCCAGGAAUCAAGCCUGGACUCUGAGCUUUCUAGAUCCUUUGGGUCUGAUUUUAAUUAAAUCUGUUGCUAGCACUGAAUGAGGCAGGAGGACAGUCUUUGUAAAGAAAUGCAGUGGUUUAGGUUACUGUGUAUUUGAACAUGCUGCAAGUGUUUAACAGUUAUCAGUUUGCAGCUUGCUACUCUGUUGGGGAGAGGUAAGAUCCUGUGGAGAAAUACUUGUUCCAGGCUUUUCUUAAAAUACCAACUGAAGACAAACCAC